AUGACGGAGCAGGAGCAGGUGGAUAAAUACUUCAACGCGGCACUUGAGGAUGCGGACAAUGAACUGAGCUUCUCUCAUUUCAACAUGAAGCCACAACAGAGAAAGGUGGUAACAAAGAAACAGGAGAAGAUGUUAGAAAGUUACUAUUUUAACCCACUUGAACCGGGGGCUUUUUAUGGUCCUGAGAAACUUCAUAGCGUUCUGAAAUUAGCUCGUCAACCAGAUCUCAGACUGAGCACUGUGAAACGUUUUCUGAACAAACAGGACGCCUACAGUUUACACAGGCCACCCAAACAGAGAUUCAAAAGGCUGAGAGUUCGGGUAUAUUCUAUAAAUGAAAUGUUUGAUGUAGAUUUGACCGACAUGACUCGUUACAGCAAGGAGAAUAAUGGUGUGCGUUAUUUACUGGUGGCUAUUGACCUGAGUAGGUUUGCUUUCGCCCUGCCUUUAACAAAUAAGGGACCAGAGACAGUAUUGAAAGCUUUCAAAGAAAUAAUUCAGGAACGAAAUCCAAUGAAAGUGCGUGUGGAUGGUGGUUCAGAGUUUAAAGGAGUAUUUAAAGUUUUUUUAGAAAAACACAAUAGCACUCUGACUGUUGCACAUAACGAAAACAUCAAAAGUAAUUAUGUGGAACGAUUCAACAGAACACUGAAAUCACUUAUUACGUGUUACUUGACCCAUAAUAACACCAAGUAUUAUUUAGAUGCACUGCCCAAGUUGAUGGACAAUUAUAACAACACCUUACAUUCUUCUUUGCCCAACCUUUCUCCAGUUCAAGUCAAGAAGAAGAAUGAACUGAAAGUAUGGGAACAUUUGUAUGUGAAGCCGUUGUUACUUAAAAAAAGCUCCAAACACAACAGGUCAAAGUCAUUUGUAUUUAAAGUAGGGGAUCUUGUUCGCAUUCCAUACAUCCGGAGACCUUCCAUUAAGGAACUUGAUCUGAAGUGGACUCAGGAGCUGUUUAAGGUGGCUAGGCGAUACAAGAGACAAGAGAUAGCACAGUAUAAGAUCAAAGACUUUCACGAUAAACUGAUAGAAGGUACGUUUUAUGCCAACGAGCUACAAAAGGUGGAGAAAAAGGAAAAUGUCUUGUGGCAGGUAGAGAAGAUUUUAAAGAGAAAACGUGUGAAAGGGAAGACCUACCUGUUAGUGAGGUGGUUGGGCUGGCCGAGUUCCUUCGAUUCUUAUGCGGAGGAAAGUGAACUGAAAGAUAUCUGA